CGUCAUGGCGCUGAGAGGCUGUUUGUUCUGGUUGGGUCUGGUUCUGGUCCGGACGCAGGACCGGUGCCAGCCCGUCUCCAUCCCGCUGUGCUGGGACGUGUCCUACAACCAGACCAUGAUGCCCAACCUGCUGGGCCACGCCAGCCAGGAGGCGGCCGGGCCCGAGCUCCAUCACUUCCACCCGCUGGUCAACGUGGGCUGCUCCCCAGACCUGCUCCUGUUCCUGUGUUCGGUCUACGUCCCGGUCUGUACCGUCCUGGACCGGCCCGUCCCCCCCUGCAGGUCUCUGUGUGAGGGGGCCCGGGGGGGCUGCGAGGGCCUCAUGAACCGGUUCGGUUUCCAGUGGCCCGAGAGGCUCCGCUGCCAGAACUUCCCGAUCCACGAGUCGGGAGAGAUCUGCGUGGGUCAGAACACGACCCGCCAGACCUUCACCUGCCCCCCCCAGCUUCAGGUGCCCCCGUACCUGAACUACCAGCUCCUGGGGGCGAAGGACUGUGGCGCCCCCUGUGAGGCCUCACGGCCCGGUGGCCUGAUGUUCUUCAGUGAGGCGGAGCGACGGUUCUGCCAGGUCUGGGUCGGGAUCUGGUCCGCUCUGUCCGCUGCCACCAGUCUCUUCACGAUCCUCACUCAUCAUCUGGACCCGACCCGGUUCCGGUACCCAGAGAAACCCGUCCUCUUCCAGUCCGGCUGCUGCUUCGUGGUGGCGGUGGCCUACGGCGCCGGCGUCCUGCUGGGGGACAGCGUGGCGUGUGUGGACCGGUUCAAGGACGACGGCUACAAGAUGGCGGCCCAGGGCGCCACCAGCGCCGGCUGCUCCGCCCUCUUCGUGCUCCUCUACUUCUUCGGCAUGGCCGGCUCCGUCUGGGGGGUUGUCCUGUCCUUCAGCUGGUUCCUGUCGGCCGGGAAGACGUGGAGUCAGGAGGCCAUCGAGGCCAAGGCUCAGUUGUUCCACCUGGUGGCAUGGGCGGUGCCGGCGGCCCAAACUGGCGGCGUCCUGGCGGCGGGACGCGUGGAGGGCGACCCGCUCACCGGCGUCUGCUACGUGGGGAUCUCUGACGUGGAUUCGCUGCGAGGCUUCGUUCUGGUGCCUCUGGCGUUCUACCUGUCGGUCGGGACGUCCUUCCUGGUGGCCGCCUCCGUGUCACUCCUCAGAAUCCACGCCGUCGUAAAGAGGGACGGCGCCGACACCCGGAAGCUGGAGCGGCUGAUGAGGCGGCUCGUCCUGGCGGGUGCCGUGAACGUGGCGCCCGCCGCCGCCGUGGUGGCGUGCUGCUUCUACGAGCAGGCGUCCCGGACCCAGUGGGAGAGGACGUGGCGCCUCCAGACCUGCAGGACCUUUGGCGUCCCGUGUCCGAAUUCAAACGCCCGUCCAGCGGCGCCGCAAUUCAUCGUGUUCCUGGUCAAAUACUCAAUGACGCUGGCCGCCGGCGUCACGUCAGGAUCCUGGAUCUGGACGGAGAAGACGCUGAAGUCAUGGCGCGACUUUUAUAAACGACUGAGCAGCGACGGCCAAAGAGAGACGACCGUGUAG